CCUUUUUAUUUUCGGCGCGGGAGCGGCGGCGGGCAGCAUGGUGGACCUGGACAGCGAGGUGCCGCCGCUGCCCCCGCGGUACCGGUUCCGGGACCUGCUGCUGGGCGACCAGGGCUGGCAGAGCGACGACAGGGUGCAAGUUGAAUUCUAUAUGAAUGAAAAUACAUUUAAAGAGAGACUGAAGCUCUUCUUCAUCAAAAACCAAAGAUCAAGUCUAAGAAUACGGUUAUUCAAUUUUUCUCUCAAGCUACUAAGCUGUUUCUUAUACAUAAUUCGUGUGCUCCUAGAUGAUCCUACGCAAGGACAAGCAUGUAAGGAAUUCAACCGGAGUUGUUCAAGUCAAAACUACACACCUGGAAUGAUUGAUUGGUCUCCUAUUAUUUGGGUGAAUCGAAGUUUGCCUUUAUGGGGAUUACAGGUUUCAGUGGCUUUAAUAAGUCUGUUUGAAACGAUGCUGCUGAGUUAUCUAAGCUACAAGGGAAAUAUCUGGGAACAAAUUCUGAGAAUACCCUUCCUGCUGGAAAUAAUUAAUGCAGUCCCUUUCAUCAUCACGAUUUUCUGGCCUGUUCUAAGAAACCUAUUUAUUCCUGUAUUUUUAAAUUGUUGGCUGGCAAAGCAUGCUUUGGAGAACAUGAUUAAUGAUCUUCACAGAGCCAUACAACGCACACAGUCUGCAAUGUUUAACCAAGUCCUCAUUUUAAUAUCCACCUUAUUAUGUCUUAUCUUCACUUGUAUUUGUGGAAUUCAGCAUCUGGAACGAGCAGGAAACAAGUUGACUCUCUUUGACUCCCUUUAUUUCUGCAUAGUGACAUUUUCCACUGUGGGCUUUGGGGAUGUUACACCCAAGAUAUGGCCUUCAAAGCUGCUUGUUGUCAUUAUGAUCUGUGUUGCUCUUGUGGUGUUGCCCAUACAGUUUGAACAGCUGGCAUAUUUGUGGAUGGAGAGGCAAAAGUCUGGUGGCAAUUACAGCCGACACAGAGCUCAGACGGAAAAACAUGUUGUGCUAUGUGUCAGCUCUCUGAAGAUUGACUUACUUAUGGAUUUCUUAAAUGAAUUCUAUGCUCACCCAAGACUGCAGGACUAUUAUGUCGUUAUUUUGUGUCCUACUGAGAUGGAUGCUCAGGUCCGAAGGGUGUUACAAAUCCCAAUGUGGUCCCAAAGAGUUAUCUAUCUGCAAGGCUCAGCACUAAAAGAUCAAGACCUGUUGAGAGCAAAAAUGGAUGAUGCUGAAGCUUGUUUCAUUCUGAGUAGUCGCUGCGAGGUGGACAGAACAGCAGCUGAUCAUCAAACCAUUUUAAGAGCAUGGGCAGUUAAAGACUUUGCUCCAAAUUGUCCUUUGUAUGUCCAGAUAUUGAAACCCGAGAAUAAAUUUCACAUCAAGUUUGCAGAUCAUGUUGUGUGUGAAGAGGAGUUCAAAUAUGCUAUGCUAGCUCUAAACUGUAUAUGUCCAGCUACUUCCACAUUAAUCACGCUGCUGGUUCACACAUCAAGGGGACAAACAGCACCAUGGGAAACUUUCAAACAACUAACUGGAACCAAGCAGACUUUAAACAGGGAGGGGCAGCAAUCAGCAGAACAAUGGCAGAAAAUGUAUGGCAGAUGCUCGGGUAAUGAAGUAUAUCAUAUUAACUUGGAAGAAAGUACAUUUUUUGCUGAAUACGAGGGGAAAAGUUUCACCUAUGCUUCUUUCCAUGCACAUAAAAAGUUUGGAGUCUGUCUGAUUGGUGUUAGAAAGGAGGAUAACAAAAACAUUUUGCUGAAUCCAGGUCCUCGGUACAUCAUGAGCUCUACAGAUAUAUGCUUUUACAUAAAUAUCACUAAGGAAGAGAACUCUGCUUUUAAGAAGCAAGAAAAGCACAGAAAAAAACAUGAAUCAAAAUUAUCUUAUCAUGGAACUUCUAGGUUGCCCGUACACAGUAUAAUAGCCAGCAUGGGGACGGUGGCUAUUGAUUUGCAAGACACGGGCUGCCGCACUUCCAGCGGGCCCACGCUGGCCCUUCCCUCCGAGGCGGGCAAGGAGGGCCGGCGGCCCAGCAUCGCCCCUGUUCUGGAGGUUGCGGACUCCUCCUCCCUGCAGACGUGCGACCUGCUGAGUGACCAGUCGGAAGAUGAAACUACCCCGUCAGACGACGAAGUUUCGGCAGGCUUAGAGUAUGCCAAAGGAUAUCCUCCUUACUCUCCUUAUAUUGGAAGUUCUCCUACAUUUUGCCAUCUUCUUCAUGAAAAAGUGCCCUUCUGCUGUCUAAGGCUAGAUAAGGGGUGCCAGCAUAAUUACUAUGAGGAUGCCAAAGCCUAUGGAUUCAAAAAUAAAUUGAUUAUAGUUGCUGCAGAAACUGCUGGAAAUGGUUUAUAUAAUUUUAUUGUUCCACUCAGAGCUUAUUACCGACCAAAGAAAGAACUAAAUCCUAUUGUAUUACUCCUGGAUAACCCGCCAGAUAUGCAUUUUCUGGAUGCAAUCUGUUGGUUUCCAAUGGUUUACUACAUGGUGGGCUCUAUCGACAACCUAGAUGACUUAUUAAGAUGUGGGGUCACCUUUGCAGCUAAUAUGGUGGUGGUGGACAAAGAAAGUACAAUGAGCGCUGAGGAAGAAUACAUGGCRGAUGCUAAGACUAUAGUGAAUGUUCAAACACUUUUCAGGUUGUUCUCAAGCCUAAGCAUUAUCACAGAACUAACUCACCCAGCCAAUAUGAGAUUCAUGCAGUUCCGAGCCAAAGACUGCUACUCGCUUGCUCUAUCCAAACUGGAAAAGAAAGAACGGGAAAAAGGGUCUAACUUGGCAUUCAUGUUUCGCCUGCCCUUUGCUGCUGGCAGGGUUUUCAGCAUCAGUAUGUUGGACACGCUGCUUUAUCAGUCAUUUGUGAAAGAUUAUAUGAUCUCUAUCACACGACUUCUGCUGGGACUUGAUACCACACCAGGAUCUGGGUUUCUUUGUUCUAUGAAAAUAACAGAAGAGGAUCUGUGGAUUAGGACAUAUGCCAGACUAUACCAAAAACUGUGUUCUUCUACGGGAGACAUUCCAAUCGGAGUCUACAGGACAGAAUCCCAAAAGCUUACAACAUCUGAGUCUCAAAUCUCUAUCAGUGUGGAAGAAUGGGAAGACACCAAAGAACAAUUUAAUUAUCGCAGUAAUCAUCGAAACUCGACAUCCAGCGACCAGUCAGAUCAUCCCUUGUUGCGACGGAAAAGCAUGCAGUGGGCCCGGCGCCUCAGCAGGAAAGUCCCCAGACACUCGGGCAAGACAGCGGACAGGAUAAGCCAGCAGCGCAUGAACCUCUACAGGCGGUCAGAAAGACAGGAACUUGCCGAACUCGUGAAAAACAGAAUGAAGCAUCUGGGUCUUUCUCCAGCAGGAUAUGAUGAAAUGAAUGACCAUCAGAAUACCCUCUCUUACAUCCUGAUYAAUCCUUCUCCAGAUACAAGAUUAGAACUGAACGAUAUAGUAUACUUGAUCCGACCUGACCCUUUGGCUUACGUUCCAAAUGCUGCACCCAACCGAAAAGACAGUUUCUGCAAUACASUGGGACAAGACACCAGGGAAGAAACACAACUUUGAUGUGGAACUCAUCACAAAAUUAAGAGACAGUUUUAUACAAAUAUGCUGUUUUCAGUAUCCAUUUUGAAAAGUAUUUUGAAUGAUGCAUUUCAUUCAAAUUUGAGAGCCAGAGAAAGGGAUAAUGGUAAGUGACCGUAAGUGACCAGCUUUAGAUAGAUGGUCUCUAGGAACUCUGAUUUUCUGAACUGUCUGCUUUCUAAUACAGUACAAGUAUCAAUACAGUAAACAAACUUUGUUACCUUAAUAGAAUUAUGAAAACUAUCACUUCUUAAYUGAUAUGAACAAAUUAUUUCAGAAGAACAAGUUCAGACCGAUUUCACAUAGAAGCUAAAUAUAUUUAUCAAAGUGACAACAUAACAGUGACUGAGCUCCUGACCUAUAUCCUGAAGCCACCUGAUGCCUGUGGAAAGACUACGCACAACUUGUAGUAGUAAAUAUUAUGUUAAUACCUACUUGUGCCAACGAGGCUUUGUGUGUUAACAGUCCAACCUUUCAGAUAAUUUUCAAGCUUAGCUUGUCAUCCAUUUAUAUUAGAACAKUCUGACAGCAGUCCCAUUAUAGGUGCUGGGACGGGGGUGUUGGAGAACACAGAUUAGGCUGCACAACACAGCCUAGUUUCUAAUUUGAGGUAUAUCUGCUGCCAAGGUAUUUCACAGGAUCCUAUCUAGAGGAAGUUUCCCAUCAUCUCACACAGGCAUUUCAAGUUAUAGUAGUUUUCUAGAGCUACUGAGGCAUACCUUCCUUUUGUAGGGAUAUAGGAAUUUUUUAAAGGCAGCCUUCUAACAUCUGUAGAAACUCAAAAACUACCCUCAACAUGAUGCCUCAAACAAUGGCAGCUCAAGCAGAACAUAACCCUUUUAAUCCAAACAAUUUGUUAGUGAGAAGCCUGUAUAGAUUUUGAAACAGAAGCAAGAGCACCCCUCCAGGAAACAUUCCAUACCACAGCUCCAAGAUGCCAGAACUGUUACUGUUCAACAAAAACAUCUAGAUGCUCAGUUAGUCAGAUUAGCACAAACUUGGUAACCUCAUAUGGAAACGGAUGUAUCAUAUUGAAAAUCAAUCUAUUGCCCAUUCCAGGAAAUGAAUAGAAUACUAAGUUGCAUGAAAAGGCACAGCAGAUUCAGUUGUUCAGCUUUUGCAUUUAGUGACCAAGAAAAUAUCAGAAGCUGCUACAAAGUCUCCAAUCUGCAGAUGUCAGAAUGCCACAAGUUUGGGUCAACCUUUCUACAGAAUAAGCAUGUCUGUAGAUGGUCUUCCAAAAUUACAUUCUUCCUUUGCCAUUUGUUACAGGAAGAGGAAAGAGAACACACAGAAAGGUAAAAGCCCUACUGUUAAAGAGAUCUAUAGAUAUCUGUUGUAUCUGUAAAUUUGGCAGGCAGUCUACACUUGCAAAACUGAUUUCUUUGAACUUUCUUCACGUACAGAUCUUGAUUCUAGAAACUACCUAUCCUAUUUUAUUUAGAAAAGCAACUACAUGGCUGGUUUUGUUUCAAAAUAUAAAAUGUCAACUUGUCCAAUGAACAACACAUGGAUUUGAGCAUGCUUACCAGUAUUAUAAGUAUGCUGAUACUAAAUCACAUUCASAUUAGUAGUGUCUGCUAUUGUCCUCUCCCUUCUUCCUAAUCGUUUUAAAACAUAACUACUUUUUGUUAAGUCAGAAAUCCUAAAGCCACAAUUACAAAAAUUCUCACAGUAGACUGAAGUCAUUUUGGUAUAACCAUCAGAAGAGCAGGAAUUAAAAGUUUUGACAAGAAAAAAAAAAGUAGCUGGAAAGCACCAUUUCUUAGCAUUUUUUCCCUCCAGAUAUUAAAGCAGUACUGGAGUUCAGAAAGGUUUCAAAGGUUUGCUUAGGACCUGGUGUUCAGUGCUUCUCCACCCCMAAACCAGACAUCUAUGCAAAUUAUUCACAGCUCAAGAUGAAAUAUUUCAAAUACCAUGUCCCUUUGGGACAUGAAACAAUUAAUAUUAACUGUUGGCUGGAGCCUGAACAGCUAAAAUAAAUGAAAAACCUCACAAUAAAUGGAACAGAAUUGCAUUCAAGACCUGGCAGAGCAACUGGCCCAGAAAAGACUGUGUAAUGUCAAAGAGUAUCCAUUUUUAGUACUUUCACUUCAGUGAGAAAAUUCAAUCCCAGCUGAAUUCUCAAAAUAAAAGACCCCAUUUGGGUUUUUGAAAAGCAUUCUCUCCAAAACGUUAGAAGAACCUUUGUUUCAUACUGGUGGUGUGUUCUGAUGGUCAGAAGUAGGUAUUUCAGAAACACGCUGGCAGGCCAGGCUGGCCACUUUCAGUGGCAUCCACAGACUUUCUCUAAAGGCAUCCAGUGGUGCAAGUGAACUGGGUAGGGUACCUACCACYGAGUGAAGGACUCUGCGGUAAGACCUACAGCUAGGAUUCAGAGCCUGGCAYUUAACAGCUUACACACCAACAGAAAAAGCAGUCAGGCGAACCAUCUCUUUGGACCCACCUCAAAGGAAAUGCUCAGCUACAGGGAACAGUAGCAGCUAAUGUCACCUGAAACUACCCUUGCUUAAUGAAUUUUAAAUUGCAUMUUAGAUCCAAAAGAUUUGCUUGAGCAAACAGGAAGGCAACUGGAAACAGAUGGCAGCCUUCCUUAUAAUUAACGGAAGGCAAUCUCUGAACAAUAUAACAUCCAAUUCUCUUCAGAAUCUGCUGGAAGCUAAGCAAGGCAAUAAAACUAAGAGCAGAUCUUCUGAAGCAGCAUUGCUAAUAAUCCAUGAAUAAACACUGUUGAAAAUACAUUGUCUUUGAAGUCCUGAGUAGAACAGUUCCAUUUCUACUGACGUAUCUUCACAGAGAGUCUCCCAACUAACUAACAGGACUUCAAACCUUCAAGAAUCAUCCUGAGGACUUACAUUCACAUGGAGACAUUCCUUUGGAGGUCAGGAAAGAGAUUCCUAGAGGGUCACACCACAGGUACUGUAAUGUUCACCCGCUUUCUUUGGAUCACGAUAAUCAUAAGCKCAAGACAUGGCUUGCUGGUUCGGAUAUUCUGCA